ACCACUGCGCAGUCUUAAAAAGCCAAAUGUGUAAAAUGUGUAUCACUUGAAAUGAAAAUGAUUAAAUAAAGCAAAUAGAAGUAGUAAAAUGUAUUCAAAUAAAGCGAACACAUUUCAACAAAUACUAUACACAUUUCUAUACAUGGCUCGAAGGCUCUAAGUAAUCUACCGGUAUAGCAAACCAGCAUUAUAUAGUGCAACAGUCAGCAAAAUUUCCUAUGUCAUAUGACAGCAAACAUCAUUCAACGGUCUUUUGGUGAACCAAACUGUUAAAUGAGCAUGAAUUUCCCAAAAAGCACCGAUUAUUGUGAUGGGGUUGAAAGAGUAUAACUGUAUCUAUUGUAUCUAUUACACUGCUGAUCAUAAGUGAAAAGGGCGUGGUAUCUCAGGGGUCCAAGCAACCACAAUUCAGGUUUGCUUUAACAGCACCAUAAUCCUUUUUUCACAACUGAAUUUUUAAGACUCGUUAUAUACUGCCUUGAAAUAACAUAUCCUUUAGUAUUUUUUUGUUAAAUAUGAAGUACCUCAAAAAUAUUUUGCUUAUGAAGCAGAAUCGUUGAUUCUUGCUUGCAAAUUAGCAGCUCUCAACUGCAACUUGUGAAAUGGAUCAACAUAAUUCUAUUGAAUAACUUCAAAGUUCACACACACACACACACACACACACUAACCCUUUCCUCUUUCUCCACAGAAAAUGUCACUCGAUCACAACAUAUCAGACCACAAUGGAACACUGUGGUUCCAUGACUGUUCCCUCAUUCUCCAACUGGACCACGACUGCCGGCGCAUCACACUGUUCCUGCUCUACCUGUUCCUGUUCAUGGUUGGUUUGAUCGAGAACUGCCUGGUGGUUUGGGUAAACUGGCGCAGGCGUCACUCAGCCAGUGGUGUGCUCUUCUGUGUUAUCAACAUCAGCUUGUCCGACCUGAUGGUGGUUUUCACUAUGCCAUUCUUCAUGCUGGAGACUGCAAUGGAUGCGGUUUGGGUUUGGGGCCACUUCCUGUGCAAGGUUACGCAUCUCAUCUACGUCAUCAACUUCUACAGCAGCUCCUUCUUCCUGGCCUUCAUGACUCUGGAGCGGUACCUGACCUUAACACGGCCAACCACGCCCGCCUGCUUUCCACUGCAGCCCAGGCACCGGCGAUGGCUGCUGUGUGCUGGAGUGUGGCUUCUGUCCUUGGUGCUGGGACUGCUAGAAAAUGUACAUGUGAACCUGCUUGAGUGGCAUGAACCUGGCUGUUACAUGAUGCCUGAGCUGCACUACAUUGAAUGGUUUGUCUCAGUUAGCUUCUUCUGCCUUAUCUUUCAGUUUUUGGGCCCUGCGUCAGUCAUCAUCACUUGUAACAUCCUGAUUGCACGGGUUGUGCGUGCCUCUCCGGAUGUGCAGAAUCGUAGGGACCUUUGGUUGUUGCACGUGUACUCAGUCGUUUUUGUGGCCUGCUGGCUACCCUACCAUUUGGUGAAGUUCCUGAUGAUAUUGGAUGAUCUGAAUCCACACUUGAUGUCCUGCAACACCAUAGAUAUACUGUACUUCUCUUUGGGUGUUGUACAGUGCAUCUCACUCUUUCAUUGCAUUGCCAACCCCAUUCUCUAUAACUUCCUGAGCAAGAACUUUCGUGCCAACCUCAUCAAUGAUAUUCUUUCCCGUAUAUCCUCACCACCAUUCAGCAGUGUACCCAAUGCAGCCGAUGGUGUGGGGAGGUCACUGCAGAAGGAACGAAAGCUCAGCAAUGCCAGCACCAGUCACUCAGAGAUAGGAUCCUAAUACGGCAAGUUCCCAUUAGGUCAUAAUGAGGUCUCCUGAGAUGAUGAGAGAUGGGGAAGUGGCAAAUAUUGGAGCUUUACCUAAUUUGUACUGCUGUGACGCAUCAAAAUGUCAUCCAAAUGACUUUCAUAUGUGUUUUAACACCUCCACAUAGCUAAGGAGACAAUUUCAGAAUUAUGUCAUAUUUUUUUUUAAUCAUAAAAGAAGGGUUUUGGUAUCAUGCUCACUUCUAAAAUAUUGCCAGUUUCUUAGUGCAAGGACUAACAACCAUUCAAAAAGAACAAUUUAAACACUAAAUGGUUUGUUUUUAUUGCUUGUAAAUAGUAAAGCUGGAAGGCCCAAUGGAGUCAAACAUCCAUUUAAGGAAAGGUUAUGGGUUUCUGUUAGCAGUUUUAAAACAGGAAGGAUAAAAAUCUCCCUGCAUCCCACUCCACAGGAAGCGAUGGCAUUACUACUGAGGAACAUGCCACAUGCCACAGAUUAAAGGAAGUGUAGCAAUCAAACAUUUGCAGAUGAUGAUCUGUACACUGAACAAAAUAAAUUACUUGACUUCACUACUAAAACUUAUUACAAGUCUAUUUUUCUUUUCUUUUCUUUUCUUUUUCAAUACUCUAUAGUUAAACAACCAUUUAAAU